AUGGCUUUUUGUACCGAUGAGCCAUUUUUCGACUUCUUGACCAAGAACCUCAAGUUCCUGGAGGUUUUCAAUAGCUACAUGACGAGCCAACGCCAAGGUCGGCAGAGCUGGUUGGAGUUCUUCCCCUUGGAACAGGAAUUGGUGACGGGGUUCUCCGGCGAAGGCAACGCGGUCAUGUUUGUCGACAUUGGCGGCGGUUACGGCCACGAGAUUCAAGAGGUCAAGAAAAGGUAUCCUGAUCUUCCCGGACGAAUAAUUCUUCAGGAUCUUCCGGACACGAUCAAUCAGAUCACUGCGGCCCCGAACACAGAGGCCAUGGCAUACAACUUCUUCACCCCGCAGCUGAUCCGAGGUGCUCGGGCCUAUUAUCUUCGUAAUAUUCUUCACGACUGGCCGGACACGCAAUGUCGAGAGAUACUUCAACGUACUGCCUCGGCGAUGAAGAGGGACUACUCGAAGCUUCUCAUCAACGAGUGGUGUCUCCGAGAUCGUGGGUCUAGCAUCUACGCUACCUUCCUGGACAUCAACAUGAUAGCAGUAUGUGCGGGCAUGGAGCGGACCGAGAUACAGUGGGAGGAGUUGCUGAAGUCUGGCGGACUCAAGAUCUCUAAGAUCUGGUCGGCGUCACAAGAUGCUGAAAGUCUAAUUGAAGCGGUGCUGGAAUGA